AUGUUAGAGCAGGAAAAAGAAACCAAUAUUGCAGAAUAUUCUCUUACUAUUCCGAAGAACCGAAAAGAUAUUGCAGUCAUAAAGUUCAAGACCUCUUUUAUACAGUAACUACGUUGGUAGCCCGAGUAUAAGGGCAAUCAACACGGAAGAACAGCACCUACAAGUCGCUCCAGGAGACAGCGGAGACUCGCUGAGAUCUGUUUCUGUUUUUUGCCCAUUACCAUGUUUUUGCCCAUUACCAUGUUCCACAGGAUUUUUAAAGCUCUACCGACAGCCAGCCCAAGCAUUUAAAGAAAACAUAUUCACCACUACUUGUAAGAUCAUCUGCACCCCGCAGUUGCCAGUAAGCGAGCCAAACAAACAGAAAUAGCAAGCCCUAUCUUUACUUCCGUAUCGUGCCCCUAAGCAAAAAAGAGCAUCUCUAAUUCUUCACUUCCCUCUUUGCCUCCAUUUCAUCCCUCCAUCCUGCUUCAACACCACCCCCCACGACCCCAACAGAACCCACCCUCAUAGCGGGCCUAACAAUUUUACACCUCCACUCCCCAGAUAUCUACUUAGAAGACAUUCCCAAAGAACAUUCAAUAGACCACAAAUGGGUUCACAACCCGAUUCGACUACAAGCCUGAAUACAGAACCGCGGCAUCAUCUAACAACUCAUGGACCCAGGAUGCAAAGCUCUCGGGAGACCUUGCAAAGAGGCACGAGACAGAAGAGGAAUAUAGUGUGUCUCUAGUGAAGAACAGUGAGCAAACCACCCGAUUCUUGGAUCUUAAGAGUGUUGAAAAGGUGAUAUGA